AUGGCGGACGCUGGAUGGCCGAGCUUUGCUCGGAGUUUGAAGGGAGUCGUUUUGGAUUUGUGCGGUGUAUUGUACGAAAGUGGAGAGGGGGAUGGAGUUGCAAUACGCGGCUCAGUCGAAGCUCUCGAAAGGCUUAGAGCAUCCAACCUCAAGUUGCGAUUCUGUACAAAUGAGACCCAGGCCUCCAGGGGGAAGUUUGUAGCCAAGCUAAAGAGACUUGGUUUUGACAUCUCACCGUCGGAAGUGUUUUGUCCGGCACCUGCUGUUGUUGCUCUCCUGAAAGAGAGGAGUCUGCGCCCACACCUGCUGGUGCAUGAGGGACUUAUGCCAGAGUUUGCCAGUGUUGACAAGAACGACCCGAACUGUGUUGUCAUCGGAGAUGCAGCUGAAUAUUUCACUUACCAGAACUUAAACGAUGCAUUCAGGGUUCUUAUGAGUAUGGAGAAGCCUGUAUUGUUCUCCCUUGGUCAAGGGCGAUACUACAAGGAGACUGAUGGUCUGAAAUUGGAUGUUGGGGUUUACAUGAAAGCUCUGGAGUAUGCUUGUGACCUGGAAGCUGAAGUUGUUGGAAAGCCAUCCUUGGCAUUCUUCCAGAGUGUCCUCAAAGACAUGGAGCUUCAACCACAUGAGGUAUUGAUGAUUGGGGACGAUCUGGUGAACGAUGUUGGAGGAGCACAAAGGUGUGGAAUGAAGGGUGUACAGGUUCGCACUGGAAAAUACAGGUCCAGUGAUCAGUGGCACCCGACGGUGACGGCUGACGGCACAGUGGACGACCUGCGCGAGGCUGUGGAGAUGAUCCUGGAGCAGAGGACGGACUGAGAAGUGUAUGUGCGUCCGUUUUCCUCGGACCAGCCUCGGCUCUGGAGGAGCAGGCCAGCGCAGAGUUUGGACCUUCAGCUCACUUCCCCUCUGUAAACAAACAUGGGCACGGCCGACACCGUCAGAAACAAUCUUCAUCUGUCUGUAUUGAUGUCACAGUGCAGCCCGUUGUGUCACGUCAUUAACUGCUCGUUCACAUUCAAUUGAGCCCCUGCAAGUAGAUUAAAAAAAAAUUGGUUAUCGGGCUUCAGAGUGCCAGCUGGAUCGUUGAGGCCUCAGCAAGUGGGGCGUGAAACAUUCUGUGUCGCUGCCCCGGAGGUUUGGUUGCGCCAAAUCGACUCAGUCAGAACAAAAGGGUCUUCACCAGGGUCUUUUCUGGUUCACUUCACCAUGAGCUGACACAAGCGUCAUGUUACUGCACAGUUAAAGGUGAUGAAACGCUGUGACGGCUCGCGGCCUGGAAGGAAAUGGCAUUGUAAGCACAUGGAGGUGAUCAGAUCCGCUGUUUUCACUAACUUGACUUCACGUGUGACAUUUCAACAAGUCAUCACAUGCAGCAUGUCCAUUUAUUAUUCUAAAUAAAGCAACUGAUGGGGUAUUUUUAAUACAAUUUGUUUCAUGGCACUGUGUGGUUAUCAAGUUUUCAGUCCAUUAUUGUAAAUGGGUUAAAAACCGCUUAAGAACUGGAACCUUUUCUAUGAGGUACUUUGCAGUAAACUGAUCAUUUUCUUCACUGUUUGCACAAUAAGCACAAUGUGAGGCCUUCAUGCAAUGAUUGUGAAUCUGACUGGCUGGAACACAAUUCACGGCUGUUGUGCUUUGCUCAUUUCUCAUUUCAUCUACUUUUUAUUGGAAUGAUGAGAAUAAUAUUCAGAAAUGAACGAGCAUCCAAGAUUUAUGUGGAGAAUGAAUUGAAAAGCAAAAGUCUCUUUUUUGACUUGAAUACAUUUAAUGUGUGUAUGUGUGUGUCCAUGUGCAAGAGCUUGUUUAUACUGCCUCGUGGGGACCAAAUCGUGAUAAAACACUAUCUUCGUGGGGACCUUUUGCCGGUCCCCACGGGUCCAAACCUCAAUUUGAGGAUGAAGACUUCAAAAUAACUGGGUCAGUACAACUGGGUUUAAGUUUGGUUAAGAGUCAUGGUUAAGGUGAGCCAUGUGUUUUGGAGGGUUAAGUUUAAGGUUAACCUUGUGGGGUCCGGCAAAAGAGCCCCACAAGGUUAAGCCUCUAUUGGAGGGCUUCAGAACCACAUGACAAUUGUGUGUAAGUUUGGUACAGAGUCCUAGUCAAUGCUAGCCAUGUGUUUUGGAUGGUUAAGUUAAGGGUGAGAGGCCGAGGAACGCACAAUGCCAAUGAGCGGUCCUCACAUAUAUUGCGAAACAAAUGUGUGUACUUGUUGAUCCUGCCUUGUGGGGACCAAUUCUUGACAAAACACUAUCCUUGUGCCUUCAUGGGGACUAUUUGACUGGACCCCACAAGGUUAAGCCUGAAUUUGAAGAUUUAGAAAUAACUGGGUCAACAUUAUUGGCCUUGUGUUUAGGGUCAGUCAUUUGUUUUGGAUGGUUGGGUUUAGGGGGAAAGUCUGGGGGAAGCAUCAUGGCAAUGUGGCAAAACUCACAUCGUCCCCACAAGGCUAGAAAUACAA